UUAUUCUUUUGUUUGGCAAUUGCAAUGAAGGCGGCCACAUUUAUCCUCUGUGUGCUGGUGCUGAGUGCCCAUGCCCUGUUGGUUCUGGCUGACUGUCAGAUUGCCGGUCGCAGAUUGCAGCCGGGUGAGACAUAUCAGCCACCAGGUCGUUGUGUUCUAAACACCUGUGGAUCGAACGGAAUUACUACAAGCAAAACCUGUCCCUCUUUGAGCAGUUUGCAGCCCUGCAAAAUAGUCGAGGAUGCCUCUAAGCCCUUUCCAAAAUGCUGUCCCCGUUUCGAUUGUGCCAAUCAAAAUUUGAGGCUUUAAUUAACAAUCUGUUAACAAUAACAAAAACAAUAAAUAAAUAUAUUUAAAAAUCAAGAAGAUUA